AUGAGGGGACAGGUCUCUCUGCUGGUAACUUUCCUAUUUUUGGGGAGCCUGCUGACCAAUGUCGUCUGGUACGGCUUCCAGGACGGUGAUGUGAUCCUUCGCUCUCCGGCUCCUCAGAGGCAACGCCCUCCUAAGACCUAUGAAAUCUGCGAAGGCUGCAAGGAGCUCAUUGAGAAAAUAAUGCAGCGUUACUCUGAAACCUGGCAGAGACAGGACGACGUUUACCAAAGAUUCAGAGCUCAGCUGAGAAGUCAGUGCAACGGUUUUGACAACGCCAUCCUCACCCAGGCCAACGCUCCGGUGGGAUUUGAGAUUGUUGUUAACAGGAAGAAGAAGAAGAAGACCGUUGAGGUGACCCGAGAGCUCUUCAGCCUCCUUGCAAAGGAGCAUCCUUUCUUAAAUAAAACAUGGGACACGUGUGCUGUUGUUGGGAACGGAGGGAUUCUGGAGGACAGCCGCUGUGGACAGAAGAUCGAUUCAGCUCAGUUUGUCAUCAGGUGCAACCUUCCUCCUUUAGAAGACGGUUAUGAGAAGGAUGUUGGUACCAAGACAAGCCUGGUGACAGCAAACCCAUCCAUCUUUGAAGAGAGAUAUGAAUCUCUGAUGACGCUUCGCCGUCCGUUUAUGGAGAAACUACGUACUUACGGUAACGCUUUGCUGCUUCUUAACCCGUUCCAUGCAGCCCGCUACACAGCCAUAACGCUGAGAGCAGCUUACACCAUUAGUGACUUUGGGGGUCCCACCCGGCCUGCCUUAUUAAACCCCGACUACCACAUCAAUGUCACCAACUUCUGGCUGAAGCAAAGUCUAAAUGAAUUGCGGCUGAGCACAGGGUUACUGAUGGUGAGUUUGGCCCUUGAACUCUGUGACAACGUGCUCGUGUACGGAUUCUGGCCCUUCAGUAAUCACCCCCAUGGACUCCAUAACCUGAAGCACCACUACUACGAUGACAAACCACCUAGCACAAAAUACCACGCCAUGCCUGACGAGUUUGAGUUCCUGCUGCAGCUGCACAGUCAGGGGGUGCUCAAGCUUCAUCUAGGGGAAUGCCGACCUGGGAAACAGACAGUGAAGGGGGGGUCUGUGAAGCGGGAGUUUGAGAAGCAGGAAGAGCUGCGGCGCUCGGCCAUGCGUGCUGUCGCCGCCCUGCUGGCCAUCCCCGAGGUGGAACGGAGCCCCAGUAUGGCCGACUUCGCCAACCAGAUCAGAACCAAUGCUGACAUGGCGUCCAUCUACCAGAGCAUCCAGGGAGGGGAGGGAGGGGGUUUGCCCCUGCAGAGAGCAUGGACACAAGCUAGACUGUGA